AUGAAUACUAUAUAUUUGCCUAAACGAGUUAAAUUACUAUAAAGUCCAAAAACCAAUAAUGAGUCGUAACUUCAAACCACGAGAUCAGUUAUUUCCGCUAAUUAAGAUGUGCCUAAAGUUAUAGUAAGAUGUGAGGAUUAAGAUGGAGUACCAAAAGACAUGCGACUGAAAAAUUGGAAUGAUGUUUUUGGUGAUUUUUUAUCGGAAUCAUUAUUGCGCAAAAAAUAAACUGAUAUGAGAAGAAAUACAAUAGCUACAAUAGAUAGAGCAUAUCUCCACGAAGUUCCAUUAAAAAUUUAUAAUGCUCUUUUAAACAGUCCUUCUAUCAGAAGCAAUUUUACUAAAUUUAUAUUGGGGGAAAUAUCUGCCUAAGAAUUUGUUAAAAGAAAAAAUCAGUACUAAAAAUUAGAUAAAUUAAUUCCUUCAGCCAACUAGAAACAAAAAAGACCAAAAAUUAAUUUAUCUUAUAGGAGAUCAGCAGUUACAGAUGAAGGCAAUCAUGAGAUUGGAUUUUUAAAAUUAUUGAAUGAAAAAAAUGAAGAAGAAAAUAAGAAACAAAAAGCUCAAUAAAGAUUUGAGAUGAUAAGAAAUGUUAUAGUCGAGAAGAUAGAGAAACGGGAAGAAGAAGAUUUAGUAAAGAGGAGUAGAGAUUUAAAAAAUGUUGGAAUGAUAAAACAGAUGUAUGACAUAAGUGACACUUACAUUCAGGAUUUAUAAAAGAAAACUAUGGAGAAAGACAUGCCACUUUCCAAAAGAAAUGUUUUCAAAGGAAAUUCGGUUAAUAUUAUUUAACAUCAAAAUCCAUAUUAAUUGGCUAAUGCAAGAAGCCAUGAAAAUCCAAACAAAAUAAAGUAUGAACCACUCCCAGAAAAGAAUGUUAUUCGCCAUUUGGUUGAUAAAAGAGCCAAAGAAUAUAUGGAGGAGUUGUAAUUGAAGGAUUAUAUCGAAAAUGAAAAAACGAAAAAGAAGAUUUACAUGAAUUGUUAGUAUCAGUAGAAUGUUUUAAUAAAAAAAAAGAAGAACCAAUUUUCAUCUCCUAUUUCUUCUGAUUAGAGUGAUUCAAAGAUAAAAAUAGCUCAUCCAUCCAAAUAAAAAGAAUAGAAAAAUAAGUAGGUUAUUAAAAAUAAUUUGAUAAAUAAUGAUCUAGAACUUAUUAAGUAUAUAACUAAUUAUCCAAAAUAUGAUCCCUUUAAUGAUAAGGAGUUUUAAGAGACAAUAUAAAAGGAAUUAUUGUAAGCAGGAGGACUUGCUUCAGAAAAGAAAAUAAGGAUAUUGAAAAAACCUUAUUUAAAAAAAGCAAACUCAAAAAAUGUAACAACUUAACAGAUGGAUGGGAACACAUUUGAUUCCAGGUCUGAAAAUGAUGAGUCUUUCAAUUCCAUGUAUGAGUUCAAUGUGGACAAUCUCUAUGAUUAAAGCAUCAAAUUAUAGAAGAAGCUCCUUGAAAAACAAUAUACUGAUGGGUUUAGCAAAACCAUAAGAGCUAUUUAGAAAAGUCAAUAACUAAAAAAGUAUCGGUUUUAUAAUUAUCCUAGCGAAAUUAUCUAGAAGAACUUAAAAAAAUUGGAAGGCUUACCACUUAAAUGA